AUGCAGUGGCAAACGGUACUGACGAUGUUAAGUUUGGUGUGUGGAGUUGAGUAUGAGUGUUUAGAUGCGCCUGUUAGAGUGUGGAUCCAUCAGGAUAUGACGUCGUCGUUUAAGUGGAUUUCAAGUGACCCGUUGAGUUACAUUGAGGGUAUAUUGACGAGUCUGCAUGAUCGUAUUGAAGACUUGGAUUUUGGUCUUUCCCUUUUCUGGGAUAGGUCUGAAAGUCUUACCCGUCAGUGUUACGUGUUAGUGAAUGAGUUGGAUGGGAAGGACUUCGAGACCAAGGUGGAGGAAGCGUCGACGAUCUUAGCGGCGAAUUCGGCGUCGUCUCCUUCCGGCAACGACAGCGCGGAGGACCCGCUGUCUGCACUGCCCAUGAUCGCGAAGCACCAGUUCGGCUCCUCGACGAAAGGAGCCGUGAAUAUCUUUGUUAUCAUCACGGACAACUGGGGCAAGUACCACGGCAUGGACGGCUGCGAAGACGGACUAAAGAAAUGCGACGCAACGUUCGAAGCAGACGGCUCCGCGCUAAACACGAUGGUGGAGGACCAAGUGACAUGCAAAAAGGAUGUCUGGUAUCCAACUGUGGACCAGCUGGCACAUUCUCUGCAAGCCUACAAUGUCGUCCCCAUCACUCUCGUCGUAAAGAAGUACGUAGGGUGGUGGACCGACGUGUGGUCCAAAGAGCUAAAGCUCAAGGCAGAUCAAGGCCAGUUCGGGGUCUUCCCAAUCACCAUGGACGCCGAGGCUGUUGCCCAGACUAUUCUCGAGAGCGUCAACAGCGUCAACUGCAUCCUCAAGACUACCACUACUACUACCGCAACUCCCACAAGCGCGACCACUAGCACUCACCUACCCAUCACAAGCACCUUUGCCGAGCCGGACCAAGCGACUGACAACAAGAAAGCAAUCGCCAUUGGGGGCUCAGCGGCCGGGGCGGCGGCACUGCUGGCCGCCGCAGCUUGGUAUAAAAUUCGGAACAGUCCCCCACCGGAUCUCGACGUCGGCGAAGCGCUAGGAGACACGGCCGUGGGCCACACAGGAGACCGUGAGUCCCUCGUAGCCAUGGAAGAAGACGCCUUUGAUUAG